AUGGUGCAACGUCGGGCCCCCGCAGGCCUGGCCCUGGGCCUACCCGGCCGCCUUGGGAUCUUUGGUCUGGCCGCUCUCUGUUGCCUUUUGUCCUCAGCCCCCGUUCACGGCCUUCGGCUCCAGCAAGUGGACAACGCCAUUGUCCUCGGCUCUUCCCUAGCUCCCGUCAUCAAUGGGAGCACCUGGACCCUGGCUUAUCCGCCGCAAGUCACCUUUGCAACCCAAUACACCCCGACUCCAGCCCCGAUCCGCCUGUCCUUUGAUGCUUUUGUCAACUGCAGCUCCAGCUCUUUCUCCUGCACCCAUAACCGUACCUGCACCCUUCCCGCCAACUUCUCCGAGACGCUCGAGUGCACCGCACAGCAGAUCGGACACGCCCUCAACUUUGCCCUCGUCGUCACACACGGUCUUGCCAUCACCGCCGACAAUGCCUCCACCUGGCAGGGACCAGAUCGCUCCUUCAACUUUGCCGCCACCACCCUCCUACCCAUCCACACCAUCGUGGCCCGCUGCAGUCUGCCCUCGCCCGCCGUUUGCGCCAUCGGUGCUCACAUCGUGCCCCAAACAUCGGCGCCCAUCACCCUUCUCCUCAAUGCCUCCUCGGCAACCUCCAGCCUUCACAACACCUCCUUCCCCAUGACCUACAACACAACCGCCUCGGCCGGUCAAGUCAUCUUUACUCUUGCAACCCCGACCCUUUCGACCAUCGCUCCCGCCGUGCUGGCCACGCCCCUUCGCACCACGCAGUCAAACCUUACCUUUUCUUUUGGUUCCUCUCCCGCCUUCACCUACACGGAGCCCACCUGCAUUGACACCCAAUGCACUGUCCACGACCUAUCCCUUGGCAAUAACACCGUCAUCACCCAACUGCGUGGCCGCGACGAUGUUCACGAUGCCCCCAUCUUGUUCAACAUCACUCGCGAGCGCUUCGGUAUCAACAUUACCGGCACUGCCCCCGGCCAGCUCAAGGAAGGCAUCGUGUCCACGGCUGCCCAUCAGCUUAACAUUUCCCUCGCGCGCCAAUCCUGCACGGUGUACCCCACAGCGUGUCAAGUUGACCCCAAUCAUGAUGAGCUAUAUCUGUGUUCCUUUCCCCUCCCCGCAACAUCAGUCACCUUGAACCUCGCCAGCAGCUGUGACAUCAAUGUCUCUGCCACUCUCAACAUCCCCAUUCACAUGGUCUCCUUGGCACUGCCAGUAACUCUGCAAACCGCCCCUGCCCUCAAGUUCAACCGCGCAAACGAAACUCAACCCAACAUCACCACAGCAGCCGAUUACGUCACCCUCACCAUCACCAACUCGCUAGUACCCACCACCGUGGUGGGCUCCGACAAUUGCACCAGCACAAACGUUGAAACCACCUGUCACUGGGUUCUGCCUCACAUCGGGAGCAGCAACCCGCCCCAGCAACUUAGUGUCCAAUACACCGAGGAUCAACCCGUGAGCAUGCACAACUAUACCGUCACCUUUGAACGCAUCAACCUCACGACCACGCUGUCCAGCCCAACAGCUCGCCUCAACCGAGUUUCUACAACAUCUGCCAAUCUUGCCUACAGUGGUGUAGUCAGCCAGCGCAAGAUCCAACUCGUGCCCCACAGCGCUUGUGCUGAUCGUUGCAAGUUUUCUCCCCCGAGCGUCUCAACCAUGAGACCCUUUGUCUACUUCAUCAACAGCACGGUGGACAGCAAAGACCAGGUCUUUGAGAGCAUCAAAGUCAACUUGACCUACGUCACGCCUCAACUAAGCAAUAUCACAACCAUCCCCUCCAUCAGCGACUUUGGCUUUGCCCCAGAAACUCGCACCUACGGGCCCCUGCCCGUGUCUAGCACGGACGUGCAGAUCCUAGCAAGCACACCCAAGCACCUUCACGCCAGCGGUCCUAAAGAACUCAAGUUGUCGCCGGGCGUCAACUCUUCCUUGACCAUCUACGUGCGCGCGGACGACGACCUUGUCAACACCUCAUCCUACAACGUUUCCUUCUUUCCUGACUUUCCCGUGCUGGACGGCCUUGAGCUGGCAAACGUCGUCUCUUUCACACCGGCUUUCUUGGCCAACAUCACCGAGUAUACCGUUGAGUUCCGCGAGGAUGUCAACAUUAUCGCUCACGCCUCGGACAUUGUCACACCAAGCAUCUCACUUUGGGUUGUCAAUGCCAGCACUAAUGAGGUUUUGUCCGACUACAACAAGACCGCGAGUGGUCACUUGAACGUUUCGUUGCCGACCUCCGACCCAAGCCUGCACAACUUGACCGUGUAUCUGUACCCCACCGUGGGAACGCCUGACCUUCUACAUCUGCCUAGCAGCUCGAAUGCAUCGGUGGUGGUUUACACGCUGCACAUGGUGUAUCGCCCACACACCCAUGCAGACUUUGGCCGGCUCAAGAGCACUGACGCUUUGAUUAUUUGUGGCGCUCUCGUGGCCUUGGUGUUCGUGACCAUUGUACUCACGCGCCAGUAUUGGAAUCAAGGGGCCCUUGGGCGCCGUGGUUCGACUGAAGAGCGCGUUCCGCUCUUUUCCCCCACUCCGGACCACGCCUCCGUCAAUGGCAUCACCCGCAGUCUCAAGACGACGGUGAUUCGGCAAGAGCCCUCGCCCAUUUUCGGUCUCAAAGUGGAGGACGUGGCGAGUUUUGAAGCAGACUAUCAGCAUGUGACAGCCGAGGUCAUGCACUUGGCCCAUGCGUCACGGUUGGAGGAGGUGUACAUGCGUCUGCGUCAGGAGGACGAGGAUCUUGGCUAUGCUCGGCAGACCGUCAAAGCGGCUCGGGCCAACCCAGCCAAGAACCGAUACAGCGACAUUCUGCCCUAUGAUGCCAGCCGUGUGCCGCUGAAGCAGAUUGGUGCAGCAGAAGGGGACUACAUCAACGCCAACUACAUGCCUAACAUCGGGCACCGUCCCUACAUUGCAGCACAAGGGCCUUUGCCCCACACAGAGGAUGACUUUUGGCGCAUGGUCUACGGGGAGCAUUCGCCCCUCGUGAUUAUGCUUUGCAGCAUCAACCCGCGCAAAUGCAGUCCAUACUUUCCGCAAGAUCCGGGCGCGUCCAAGACGUUUGAGAACUUUACGGUGACGUGCCAAAGCUUGGUCGAUGCUCAGGUUUACGAGCGGCGGCGGCUGAUGGUGGUCCCGCGCAGCAAUGUGCGUGGGGUCAAGUACGAGCCAUUGGUGACGGAGCAUAUUUGGAUGAAAUCCUGGCCUGAUCACGGGACGCCAGAAGUUGAAUCCUUUCUGCGCUGCAUGCAGGCCGUGCGACGUGACUUUGAGGAGCCAUCGGGCCGCGUGGUUGUGCACUGCAGUGCCGGCGUCGGUCGUUCGGGCACCUUUAUCGCUUUUGACAUGCUUGCAGAUGCCAUUGCGGAUGGCCAUUCGAUGGACGUGGAUGCCGUGGUGCUCCAGCUUCGCAAGCAUCGACGUAUUAUGGUGCAAACAGCAUCCCAAUAUCAGUUUAUUUACGAAGCGCUAAAGAACCCUUUGUGUGUGUGUGUGUGUGUGUGUGUGUGUGUGUGUGUGUGUGUGUGUGUGUGUGUGUGUGUGUGUGUGUGUGUGUGUGUGUGCGUGCGUUUACCUGGCUUCAUCUCUCUCUCUCUCUCUCUCUCUCUCGCAUUUUCAGUCUGUGUGACCGUCGACAUGGCUUCGUACCUCCGCCACGCCCUGCGCAAGACGACCGGCAUUACAGGCCUGCACAAGGUCGCCAACCCUCAGGAGGUGCUGUCGGGUCUGUACGGCGCUACGCUGCAGGUAGUGGGCCGCAUGCCACAGAGCGCCGCGUACCGUUCCAAGGUAGAGGCCAUCACCAAGGAGCGUCAGGCCAUUUUGGAAAAGAGCGAGGAUGUUGAUGCUUUUGAGGCCAACUUUCCUGGUCUCCAGGUUGAGCAGAUUAUUGUGCAGGCUGAGGAUGAGCUGAAGCUGGCCGAGUUGAUGCUGCAGCACGAGCCCUGGCAACAACUGGACGAGGAGCCCGCGCCAGGACAAUGGAAAUGGCCCUAAGCCUCUACUCUGUUGAUUCGGAAUCCUGCCCGGACAGCCCAGCACACCUCUGCCCGCCGACUUGCUCCUGGCCCCCGUGUCUUUUUUUGUUUUUGUUUUGUUUGUCCUUGUAUAAUCUUAGAGAGAAUCCUGCUCAUCCUGCCGCCGCGCUGGAGGAGCUCGAUGCAACCUGCCAAACUCUGGUGGUGGUCCAAACUCUGGCACACGCCUGUCCUGGCUGGCCGAUUUUCCGUCUUUUCAAUUGCUGGUGGCUGCGUCGACACGGCAGUCAAGCCAGCGAAAAGGACACUUCACCCCUUCCCACGCAUAUCUUCCAAAUUGACUGAUCAAAAG